AUGCGUCCCACAGAUGUCAAAUACAGGGAACGGCGACAGAGUCGGAGGGAUGUUAAACCGCUUAUCCCCAGUAGCAUAUUGGAUUCAGCGUCGCAGCGACUAUUUGUGCUUUCAUUGUUCAUGCUAAUACAAAGUUGGAAGAUCUAUGAUUUAGUAUUGGUCAAGUCGGAAAUUGCGUCCUCCAAUGAGCAAUUGACAACCUUGACAAAUUUCACAUUCGUUUUGAAGUACGUCUUCAUUGACGGAGUAUUCUUGUGGCUACUUCCCAUAUUAAGGAUACCGCAUCUCACUUUUUCACCUCCGAAAACCCUACUUUCCAUCUUCAUUUUAAAUGGAAUUACGAUAUUUUUGGUGAGUAAUAUGGCAUUACCAUUGCUUUCCAAUAUCUUUUUGCCUAUUUGGAGAGUCAUUUUACAAAAGAACGAGCUUAACAUUGUUGGAGAGUCCAUCAAUGUCGCCAAUGUCAUCGAUAUGGAUUCUCAUUUCAAGGGACAAUUAACCAUUCAUUACCUACCAGACUCCUCUGCAAAAAUGAAUCCAUUCCACAUUGAUCAAACUUGCUUGGGCUCCUCCAAUGGCAAUACAGUUCAAAUGCCCAUUGAAUUCAAUACAACAUCGGGGAUUGGGUUUUUACAAAUUCAACAAAACACAGCAAACAACGACUUGGUUCUCCACAAUUAUACGGGAUCCUCUCUCAAAAAGCUAUUUAAAAAGGAUUACUCUCAUUUGAGAAACAAAAUACAAUCCAAGCCAAGUGAUACUUUAUUCUACUUGGAAUAUCCAAUCACGGAACCGGGCUCGUACAAGAUAAAGAGUGUAUUGGACAAGAAGGGUAAUAGUAUCAGGACUUAUAAAUCUGAAUUUGCUAUAUCAGACUGUCCUUCGGGAAAGUUUUUUUAUCCGCCAAAUUUUGACUUUCAAAACAACCACAAGUGUUUGUCUUCAAUUGAGCAAGAGACAUUUCCGGUGCCGUGGUUGGAAGUUUACGGUCCCUCGCCUGCAUAUGUGAAACUUGCUAUCCGUGCCAAUGGGAAUGAGUUCAAGGUGUUGAAUCUAACUAUUCCUGGUGACGGUGACUAUCGCAAACUGCACUCGAGGACAGAUUUUACCUAUUUGAAGCCAACGAAGCUUGUUAGAAACUCGUUAGAGGAGGCCAUUUUACAAAACAUUGACGAGUUCAAGGGACUAAAAGAGACGACGGUUGAGUUCCAGUUGAUAUCAGUGCAAGACUCAUUUGGAAAUUUGCAUAGAUACCAACCACUUUCUAAAGAUAAGGAUGUCUGGUAUAAAUUGGUACUUCGAAAAUCGCCAUCUAUUAGGUUGGUGGAUCCUGCCAAAGAUUCUCCGCUUCUUUUAGGAGGAGAAAAGACAUUGAUGGUUGCAAGUGCAAAUGAGUUUGGCGAUAAAGAUUUUCCCCUUGAAAUUGUUGUUUCCCAUAAUGGAUCAAACUUGACAUCCACUUUCACUAGUAAAAUCCAGCUUCGUAAUGGAAUAACGGUGACUGAUCCAGGUUUGUAUAAGUUGGUUUCUGCAAGAGACGCAUUCUGCCCUUGUGGGAUCUCUGAUGUACCACCAAUAAAACUUGAGUUGGCAGAGAUACCAGAGUUAAACAUAAAUGCCCAGCCUGAGAGUGACAGAUGCUUGGGGGUUGUUGGAUACAGAUUUGACUUCAACUUCACUGGCAGGGCUCCAUUUAAGGUUCAGUACCAGAUUUUCUCCAACAAUUCUGGAAUUUUGAAACCAGUACCAUCACCAGCUGGUCAAAGAAUUCGUGAGUUCAAUUCGCCACUGAACCAACACUCUUUCAAGUUCAAGCCACCAGGUGAGGGAAGUUACAGUAUUGUGUUUUCCAAUAUAAAAGACGCUAACUACCAAGAGAAGGGAAUUGCACUUGACGAGGCGAAGUACACAUAUCUGACGUACUUUAGACUGGCAUCGGAAGUAUCCUUAAAGUUAGCUGGACGGGAAUUGCACACGUGUUAUGGAGUUACGGCAAAGGUACCCGUGGUUUUCAAAGGCAACGGACCAUUUUCUUUUGAUUAUGAAUAUGUCGACAUUAACACAAAGAAAAGAUUUCGUUCUAUUGAGCAUGUGAGUGAGGUGUCUAAUUACGAAAUUGAAACUCCUCAGUCGUUGUUGGGUAAGACCUACCUUCUUAUUUUGAGCAAGGCAAAAGACAAAUUUGGAUGCGAUGCUAUAAUCAACGACAACUCCCAGCAAGUUAAAAUUGUGAGUAGACCGGAUGUCCCAGAACUUGAGUUGAGCAACACAAAAUCAAGCAUUCAAAUUGUUGAAGGUCAUUUUGUGGACGUGCCUCUUAAGUACAAGUCGUCUAUUGGACAGCAAAAGAAUGACGUGGUGGUUUUGAAACACCACACUUUGGAAGGGAAGCUCUUGUCAAAAAAGAGGGCAAAUUUGAGGCACUCCUCAAUUCGGAUUUUCGAGGAGGGUAUCUAUAGCUUAGAAUUUUUUAUGAAUGGCAAUUGUGAAGGAAAGGUUGUCAACAAGGAAAAGACAGUGACAGUCAAGUACUACGACAGACCAUCCAUGAAUGUUUCGUCUGCUGACGAAUUCUUGCAACACAAAGAGGAGUCCUUGAUUCAUUUGAAACCCGUUUGCAAUGGUGCUGCGAAUGAGAUCACUUUACAAUUGAAGGGCAAAGCACCGUUCUUGAUUGAUUAUGCAAUCAAGUUGCCAAGUGGUAAGGUUGAAACUCACACAAUGAAUGUUGAAGGUCACAGUAUCAGAAUUAAAUUGCCAACUGGAGCAAACGGUCAGUACGAGCAUACCUUUAGAAAGAUUUACGACGCACUUUACACUAGGGAAAGCAAGGUUCCUUUUGCUGAUGUUCCAAAGGUUGUUUAUCAAGUGAAUCGUUUGCCGCAUGCACUGUUUGCAACAGGCAAACAUUUUGCACAAGUUUGUGAAAAUAAGGUCCGUGGUGACGAAAUUGUGGCAGAUAUUCCCGUUAAGUUGUCGGGUGAAUACCCGUUUGAAGUUGAAGCAAUUUUACAAAGUCAAGCCACUGGUGAAAAUCAGAAAUUGAAAUUUAGAAACAUCCAGGAGCCUCAUUUAUUUUUGCAAAGCACUGCAUUCUUACAACUUGGGGACUACACGCUCGAUCUAGUGAGCGUAAAAGAUGGCAAUGGUUGCAUAAACAGGAAUUUGCAAACUACUGUCAAGUAUAUCAUAUCCAUCACCGAACCUCCAAAUAUAUUCAAAUCACUUGAUAAAGUGCACUACUGUGUUGGAGAUCAUGUUGGCUACAAUUUAACCGGUGUGACACCAAUCACGAUUUUCUACCAAUACGACAAUGUUCCUAGAAAAGCUGAGGUGCGUCACCAAUUUGUCAGACUAGCGUCAAAGCCGGGAAUCUUAAACAUAGAAGCAUUGAAAGAUGCGGGUCAAAGCUCUUGUAUGGUCAACUUUACCUCAAAUGAUGAAAAGUUUCAAGAAUUGCAACUCCAAGUGCACGAGUUGCCUAGUGUUGAAGUGAACAAAGGUGACUACAUUGUUGAAGACAUACAUCAAGGCGAACACACAGAGUUGAUUUUUACAUUCACGGGUGAACCCCCAUUCAAGUUAACAUACAUUAGAACUAUCGAAGUUAAACGGGACCAGAAAAAAGUAAGACAAUUAUUGGAGAAGGAAACUGUUGGUAACAUUUGGGAUAAAGAACUUGUUGUUUCGGCCAGCCUUGAGGGAACAUACGAGGCGAUCGAGGUUCAAGACAAGUUCUGCCGAGCUGUCAAAUCAAUCAAUUAUGUAGAAUAG